AUGAGCAAAGCAUUGAUGAAGAAUUCUGAAGAAGAGAAAGAAGAAGAAGAAGAAGUUGUUAUUGGAGGAGUAGUAGCUUCUCCAUUAUGGGAUUGUGGAAGCCCUUUAUAUGAUUCAUUUGAAUUGGCAACACUUUCUCAUAUUAUUGAUAGGCAUACGGUUGUUUUGCCACAUCUUAGUGGAUCAAAGAAGGCAAUUAGCCACGGUUUUGAUGAAAGUCAUCAUCACCAUGAUGAAGUGAAGAAGAUUUCAAUUGAAGAUUCCAAAGGUUCUUCUUCUCUCAAGUCAACAAGCUUUAGUGAAAUUUUGGACAAGAUCAUGGGGAAGAGAAAAACGCAUUUGGCAAAUAACCUUUUGAGCCUUUAUUCAAAAUGUGGCCAAUUCAGCUAUACCCACCACCUGUUCGACCAAAUGCCCCACAAGAACGUUAUCACUUGGACAACCUUAAUUUCUGCAAAUCUUAGAAAUGGGUAUCUCCCAAAAGCCUUUGACAUGUUCAAUCACAUGCGUGAGGUUGGUGAGAGUCCCAAUGAGUACACGUUAUCUGCACUGCUCCAUGCUUGUGCUGAUCCUGGUUUGAGGGAUGUUGGUUUGCAGCUUCAUGGUGUGUUGGUUCGGUGUGGCCUUGAGAGGGACAAGUUUGCUGGGAGCUCUCUUGUGUAUAUGUACUUUAACAGUGACAGCGAUCUUAAAAGUGCUUCUUGUGUCUUUCAUGAAUUGUUGGAGAGGGACCUUGUUGCUUGGAAUGUCAGGGUUUCUGGAUUUGCUCAAGUUGGUAAAUUUGGUGUGGUGAAGAGGUUAGGGGAGUUCAUGGGCUGGUGUUUAAGUUUGGUGCCGAAGUUGAUAUGGUGGUUGGCACUUGGCAGAACUCUGGUUGACUUGUAUGCUGAAUUUAGGGACAUAGAUUCUUGCAGGAAAAUCUUUGACUACAUGGAGGAAAAGGAUAGUUUAUUAGUAAAAACAUACCUAAUAUACAACACAUUUAAGAUUCGGAAUAUGAAAUCAAAGUUUCAAAUUGUUGCACCUCUUGAAGCUCCCUUUUAA